AUGAGCGAAGCUUUCAUGCUUAAUCCCAAGAUUCGCUUUCUUCCUUUCCACCCCUUUCUCUUCCCCCACCCACUCCCACCCCUUUUACCCCCCCCCAUCUCAACCAACCCCUACCUAAACCCCUUCCUGACUUCCCUUCUCCUCCCUUACCCCCGUGGUCGCCACGUGGCAGCAUGCAGUAGUGUUGCGCAAGCGCCAUCGCAUCCACGUGUCCAGCCACCUGGUGACGGCUCCCCUCGAGUCCUUCCAAGAACUGGCCGACAAGUGAGUGGCUGGCAGGAAGGUGAGUGGCUGGCAGGAAGGUACAACUGCCGUCGGCGCUUACUGCGCAAUCUGCAGGAGAUGGGGUUUGAGCACCCCACGGCCAUUCAGAGGCAGGUGGUGCCGCUGCUGCUGCAGGGGCGAGAGUGCUUCGCCUGUGCGCCCACGGGGUCGGGCAAGACUGUCGCCUUUCUGCUUCCCAUCGUCAUGGCUCUCAAGGUGAGCUGCGCUGUGAGAAUGCGCGCGAGUGCUUUGCCUGUGCUUCUCCUGUGCUUCUCCUGUGUUUCGCCUGUGCUUCUCCUGUGCUUCGCCUGUGCUUCUCCUGUGCUUCGCCUGUGCUUCUCCUGUGCUUCUCCUGUGGUUCGCCUGUGCUUCUCCUGUGCUUCGUCCUCGAAGACCGUUGCUUUGCUUCUUCCCAUCGUCAUGGCUCUAAAGUCCCACUCCCCUGAGGCCAUCAGAGCAGUGGUCCUGGUGCCGACACGGGAGUUAGCGCUGCAGAUAUCGCGGGCUCUGAAGCAGCUGGCAGCGGGCACGAAGCUGAGGGCGCGGCUGCUGACCAAGGCCACUGCCGGCUGCGUGGAGCUCAAAGGGGCGGCAUGCGAUGUGCUCAUCUCCACUCCUCUGAGGCUCGCUCACCUCGUGACUGAGAAGAAAGUGGACCUGAGUCGUGGGUGUGGUUUGGUCACGAAGCUGAGAGUGCAGCUGCUGACCAAGGCGACUGCUGGCUGCGUGGAGCUCAAAGGGGCGGCCUGCGAUGUUCUCAUCUCCACUCCCCUUCGCCUGGCACACCUGGUGGCGGAAGGAAAAGUUAACCUGAGCCGAGCAGAUGGACGGGACGGGGUCGUGGCGGCAUGUGUCCCCCGCCACUGUUGCCGUGAUUCUCACUCCGUGUCUGCUUUCCCCCACCUACCGAGUGCAGCAUCUGGUGCUGGACGAGGCGGACAAGCUCUUGAGAUGGGCUUCGUGGAGCAGAGCAGAUCAACCCUUCACUCACUCCACCCCUCGCAAACCCGUUCCUUUCCCCCCCCCCACAGAGUGCAGCACCUGGUGCUGGACGGAGAAGACAAGCUGUUUGAGAUGGGCUUCGUGGAGCAGAUUGACGGGGUCGUGGCGGCCUGCACGCUGCCCGCCCGCAUCCUCACCCUCACUCUGUGCCUUCUCCUCGUGCCCUUCCACAUGCACUCCCCUCCCCACAGAGUGCAGCACCUAGUUCUGGAUGAGGCGGACAAGCUCUUUGAGAUGGGCUUCGUGGAGCAGAUCGACGGGGUCGUGGCGGCAUGCUCCCUGCCCGCCCUCACGCGCUCCCUCUUCUCUGCCACGCUGCCUGAAGCCGUUGAGCAGCUGGCACGAUCAGUCAUGCAUGAUCCUGUGCGGAUCGUUGUUGGGGACAGGAGCGCAGCAGCAGAAACCGUGCAGCAGAAGCUGGUGUUGGUGGGCACGGAGGAGGGCAAGCUGCUGACUCCUGAGUCGUCAAGUGCCUCUCCCUAUACUUACUCUCACACUCGCCAUAGGAACGCGGCAGCGGAGACGGUGCAGCAGAAGCUGGUAUUUGUGGGCACGGAGGAGGGCAAGCUGCCUUCAGAGACUGUGCAGCAGAAGCUGGUAUUUGUGGGCACGGAGGAGGGAAAGCUGCUGGCGAUGCGGCAGCUGCUGCAGCAGGGGGUGCGGCCGCCGGUGCUCAUCUUCGUGCAGAGCAAGGAGCGCGCCCAGCAGCUCUUCUCCGAGCUCUCUUUCGAUGGACUCAAUGUUGACGUCAUCCACGCUGAUCGAUCCGUGGCUCAGCAGCUCCUCUCGGAGCUCUCCUUCCACGGGCUCAAUGUGGACGCCAGCCAUGCUGACAGCUCCGUGGCGCUUGUGAGGGAUCAGGGAAUUGUGCGAUCGGGCGAUGGUGGAGUUAUUUUUCUGUCUGCCCUGCACCGCACAUUCAUGGAGACAGAUCCGUGGCUCUCCUUUGAUGGGCUCAACGUGGAUGUCAUUCACGCAGACAGAUCCGUGGCUCAAGCGAGGCGAGGCAUGGACAUUGCAGGGGUGAAUGUGGUGGUCAUCGUUCUGGUUCCUCAUGGCAACGGAACACAUUCACCCCUGCACGAGUUUGUGGGAGGGAACAGGUGGUGGACUCGUUCCGGGAGGGCAAGAUCUGGUUCCUCAUUGCAACGGACCUCGUGGGGUUAUGAGGUGACUCUGAAGCCCUGUUCUCUCUCCUCCCCUUUUCCCUGCUCUUCCCGCCUGUCCGUUCCCUCCGCGUGCCCUUUCGCAGAGGGAGCAGGUGGUGGACUCGUUCUUGAGACGGAGCAGGUGGUGGACUUGUUCCGAGAGGGCAAGAUCUGGUUCCUCAUUGCAACGGACCUCAUGGGACGGGGCAUGGACAUCGCAGGGGUGAAUGUGGUGGUGAACUAUGACUGCCCGCAGACCACCGCUGCUUACAUCCACAGGAUAGGUCGCAGUGGCAGAGCCGGGCGGCCCGGCGAGGCAGUGACAUUCUACACAGAGGAGGAUGAGCCGAACCUGAGAGCCAUAGCCAAUGUGAUGGUGCAAUCAGGCACUGAGGUGCCGGCGUGGAUGAAGUAUUUCCCUUAG